AUGGAACUGGACCCAACUAAAACCACCACACUGAAAAUUCCCGUCCUCCCAGACAACGCCAAGUUGACACUGGACCACGUCAAAUGCAUCUUGCUGGAUGUCCUCAUCGACAAUCAUGCGGACGUUUUCAGAGCGGCCUCUGUGCUGACGGUACCGUUGUUCGGCGAUGAGUUCAGCAAAGUCGAGCCAUUUGAGUACGUUGUCACAGAGCCACCAGAAUUGCAGAAGCCUGGAGCCAGACUCAUGGCAGGCCUGCAAUGCAAUGAGUGCAUUGAGUUGAAUGACUUGUACUCUGAGUGGGGAGAUGAACGAGUGCAAGCUCGGAUCAUUGCAAAUGCCGCUUUGGUGGCUGUGCUCACGAGCCCACUUGCCGUAUCGGCGUCUUCAUCAAAAUUUCUCUCCUGGACUCUUCAGAACUGGCCAAUAUCACUGUUCGUCCAGUGCACAGCUUUUAGGCCUGUUGAUGGAGAGUUGCUGAAAUUGAUGUGGACGAAAAUAAGGCGAUUUUAUGUUCGGUGGGAACUUGGAAAGGAGAUUUUGCGAGUGAUUGCGCUAAGAUGCGCAUGUUAUUUCCACGGAGGUGAUCUCCACCCACACGACCCCGUCAAGGACGAGGCAUUUCGUCACAUGGGUAUUGGAGUGGCCUUUGCUCAGUUCAGCGCUUACAAAAUGUUGAUGGAUUACUUGAAGAAGAAGGGCAAAACGCUUUUGGACUUGCUCAAGUUGAUUCCUGCUAACUUUAUUGUCAAAUUCAAAGCAGCAGUUGAACAUCGACGCAGUGAUCUGGAGGCGUCGCCUUGCUGGUAUUAUUACUGCCACGCACUCAGUCCUGAUUUCUAUCAUGAAUACGCUGUCGAAGGAUAUCAAUGCUUCAGUAGAAGAUGUUGCCGGUGUUCAAAUGUGGGAUAA